AAAGGGGGAGAGGGAGGGGUGGUCCAGCUGAGUCUGUGGCUGACCGACUAAGAGGAGCCGUGUAAGAUAAGGGAGGGAGGGUGAGAAAGAGAGAGAAAGAAAGAGAGAGAAUAUUCUCUCUUUGUUUUCUUAGAUCGAGUCCCCAGUUACACUUACAGAGAGUGAGAUACAUACACAAUACGGAUCCGAGAAUUUGUUCUUGAAUCUCUCUAGUUUAGAAAUCUGCAUCAGCUCAAGCUUUUGUAGUUGCUCUUGCUUAGAUAUUGGUUAUCUCUGUUUGAGCUUUCUUGCUCAGUCCAUCUUCCCUUCUCAACCAAAUUUAGGAAACAGCCUCUUUCACUUCUCGGCAAUCUAACAUCUGAUCAGAUGAUGUCCGGAGAUGGUCUCUCUCUUCCCUCCACAAUCAGUGGGUUUGUUCGUCAAGAUCCCAGCUCGCUCACAAACCCUAACCCUAGCUCAAACCCCUCCAAGAAGAAGAGAAGCUUACCGGGAACACCAGACCCAGAUGCUGAAGUCAUUGCUCUAUCGCCGAAAUCGCUCAUGGCGACAAACCGGUUCAUUUGUGAGAUAUGCAACAAGGGCUUCCAGAGAGAUCAGAAUUUGCAGCUUCACAGGAGAGGACACAAUCUUCCCUGGAAGCUCAAGCAGAGGACAAACAAAGAGCUGAUCCGAAGGAAAGUGUACAUAUGCCCAGAGGAGACUUGUGUGCACCACGAUCCGUCGAGAGCACUAGGCGACUUGACAGGGAUCAAGAAGCACUACAGCCGGAAGCAUGGCGAGAAGAAGUGGAAGUGCGAGAAGUGCUCAAAGAAGUAUGCGGUUCAGUCGGAUUGGAAGGCUCAUAGCAAGAUUUGUGGGACUAGAGAGUAUAAAUGCGACUGCGGAACCCUCUUUUCGAGGAAAGAUAGCUUUAUCACCCACAGAGCCUUUUGCGAUGCUCUAACAGAAGAAGGCGCUCGUUUUACUUCACUUGCAAACACUAAUCUGAACUUCGGCAAUGAGUUGAUCAACGGGACCACGACCAACAGCACUGCCAAUGCCCCGAACCUUUCAAUUUCUAUGCCGGAUCAAUUUGAUGGCCAAAGUUCAUCUAGCCAGGUUCCAAUUUGGAUGAACCAUGUAGACCCCAAUUUGAACCCUCUUGGUCUAAUGGCAAGCGGCGGUGAUUCAUACUUUACCACACCAAGUUCCGGGAGCUUAUUGCCUGAUUUUGUUCAAGCAUCACAGGUGCCCAUUGGCAUGCUUAAGAACUGCUCAACACCAGCAUCAUCAGAAGCAUCUCUGAUAAAACAAGAAGAGAGCAUCAAGGCCAACAUGUCAGAUCAGACGAUUGGGUCUCUGUACUCUAAUAAUCACCCAAGUCACCGAGGAAGCACAGGUCACUUGUCAGCAACUGCUCUCCUGCAAAAAGCAGCCCAACUGGGAUCGACCAGAAACAAUAAUUCAGCAUCACUUCUGAUCAAUAAUAAUGCUGUGUUGAGCUCAUCAUCUUCAUCCUCAUCAUUAUUCCCAUCAUCACUAUCUACAGCUUCCGACUUCAACCCCUACACUCCACAACCCAGGAACAGUCCCCGCGUGUUGUACAGACAGUACCCAUCAAGUCGAGUCGAGAGCAGCGCAGGCCAAACAGAGAGCCGGAAGCUCCAUGCAAGUCCAGACGGAGUUGAGAACAGCAUGACCAGAGAUUUUCUAGGAGUCGGGAGCGAAAGCAGGCCUUUCUUGGUGCACCGAGAGCUCCGUAGGUUUUCUCCUUCGGUGGGUUCUUCCAUGGAAGGAGCAGGCGAGGCGGCGGAAUUCACGUGAGAGACGAAGCUUGACCCCGUCAGUAGGAUGGUCCCAAGUUCAAGUCGGAUGUAACGGAUCAGUGCAGGCAAGACCAUCGGGCAAGAAGGCUGAUAUAAUGGGGCACCCCACCGGUUCGAUUCCUUUUACGAUCUCAACAUGUCUUGGCUUGGGGAUUUUUAGUUUGGAAACCCGCUACCUACUCUAUAUAUAGAUAUCUAUAAAAUAUUGAAAUGCCCUUAUUUUUC